CCGCUCUUUCUCGAGCGCCAUUUUAGUCAGGGCAGGAUCGGCUGGGGUGCAUUGUUUGAGGGGGUGAAAUUUUAUAAUAGAAAUAUAGUGAGGCUAAAGAACGCAAGACUGAUGAGACCCUCAUUUCCUUGUCCACUGAAUGCCUAGAUGAGAGGCGACAGCACCUUGACAGGCAGCAAAGGGCGGGAGCAGCGGCGGCUCCCUGUCAGUGUCUUUUCUGCGCCGUCUUGCUGAAGCCCGGCGAGCUCCCUCUUUCGGCUCGGUGUGUUUCCCCGGAGUGAAGAAGCAGCGGAGUGCGGACGGUGGGUAGAUGGCGCCAACAGAUGCUUUUGAGCUAAGAUAUCAAACUAUGUUGCCUGGCAAGUAAGGAACAGUCUCUCAUCUUAGGAUAUUAUGUUCAUAUAGGUUAUUGCUGAUAUCAAACUGAAAUAGGACCAAGUGAGGUAGAAACUAUGUUUCAACUUCCUGUCAACAACCUUGGCAGUUUAAGAAAAGCUCGCAAGACUGUGAAGAAAGUCCUUAGUGAUAUUGGCUUAGACUACUGUAGGGAACAUCUUGAAGACUUUAAGGAGUUUGAGCCAAAUGAUUUUUAUGUCAAAAAUACUACUUGGGAGGAUGUCGGACUUUGGGACCCUUCAUUAACAAAACAACAGGAUUAUAGAUCAAAGCCUUUCUGCUGCUCAGGCUGUCCAUUUUCUUCUAAAUUUUUUUCUGCUUACAAGAGUCACUUUCGCAAUGUGCACAGUGAAGAUUUUGAAAGUCGUAUCUUGUUAAAUUGUCCCUACUGCACAUACAAUGGAAACAAGAAGACUUUGGAAACGCACAUUAAGUUAUUCCACGCUCCUCAAACCAACCAUAUGGAUAGAGGUUCUAAUGCGUCAAAAGACCAAUCUAAAGUUGAUGGUGCCCUGAAGACAAAGCAAGCUGAUAGUGUAGAGCAGGCCGUGUAUUACUGUAAGAAGUGUACCUACAGAGAUCCUCUUUACAAUGUUGUCCGCAAGCAUAUCUAUAGGGAACAUUUUCAACAUGUGGCAUCACCUUAUGUUGUCAAGACAAAUGAAAAAUCUUUGAAUGGAGCUGUUUCGCUGAAUGUAAAUGCACGUGACGAAGGAAACAUACACUGCAAAAGAUGCUUGUUCAUGCCUAAGUCUUAUGAGGCUUUAGUCCAACAUGUUAUUGAAGAUCAUGAACGAAUAGGUUACCAGGUGACUGCGAUGAUAGGGCAUACCAAUGUAGUAGUACCAAGAUCUAAGCCUCUGAUGCUGUUGGCACCCAAACCACAAGAUAAGAAUAUUUUAGGUGUAACUCCAAAAAUGUCACCAAUUCCUGCUAAUAUGAGGUCACUUUCAUCACAGCAGAUGAUGAGUCGGCUAGCCAUACCAAAACCAGGUUUAGGUUCUGCAGGGCUUAUGUCCAAUGUUCAUUUAAAGCAAAACACCUACGGGUUAAAAAACAUGUCACAGGGUUACAAUCUGACACAGCAAGUGAGAAUCCCAAUGCCAGGAAAUGCUCAAGUAUCAGUUCCUCAGCAAUCUCCUACUGUAAAGCAGCUUUUACCAGGUGGCGGCGUACGAAAUACCAGCUCUGUCACAUCCCAGCCUCGCGGUCAGACUCCAUCAAGGUAUAAUUUCGCAUCGGGGAAUUCACCUAGCACUAGUCUAGUAUCUUCAGCAAUGAAACCAACAGAGCUGCCCUCAAGAGCCCAGACUACAACUGCUUUAGCUACAUCUACCAAAACAGUGAAUUCAACUAAUGCUGGCACAUCAUAUACGCAAAAGUGGAAAAUCUGUACAAUCUGUAAUGAGCUCUUCCCAGAAAAUGUUUACAGUGCACAUUUUGAAAAAGAACACAAAGCUGAAAAAGUGCCAGCUGUGGCUAAUUAUAUCAUGAAGAUACAUAACUUUACAAGCAAGUGUCUGUAUUGUAAUCGUUACCUUCCUAGUGACACACUGUUAAAUCAUAUGCUCAUCCAUGGAUUGUCUUGUCCACAUUGUCGGUCAACUUUUAAUGAUGUAGAGAAGUUGGUAGCACAUGUCCGUCUGGCUCACCCAGAUGAAGUGAUGGGUCCAAGAACCGACUCCCCACUGACUUUCGAUCUAACCUUACAGCAAGGUAAUCCCAAAAAUAUCCAGCUGAUUGUGACUACUUACAACAUGCGUGAUGCUCCAGAAGAGUCUGUUGCUUUUCACGCACAAAACCAUGCAAUGAUUCCUCAAAAACUGCCACAUAAAAUGCUGGAUACACCAGAUAUGCCCGUAAAAAGUGCACAUCAAGCUGCUGUCCCAUACAAAAAGGAUGUAGGGAAAACCCUCUGUCCUUUGUGUUUUUCAAUUUUGAAAGGCCCCAUUUCAGAUGCAUUAGCUCAUCAUUUAAGAGAAAGACACCAGGUAAUUCAAACAGUCCAUCCAGUGGAGAAGAAACUUACAUAUAAGUGCAUUCACUGUUUGGGAGUAUACACAAGUAACAUGACUGCAUCUACCAUUACGUUGCACCUUGUUCACUGUCGAGGUGUUGGGAAAGCACAAAAUGGACAAGAGAAGAGCAGUGCACCAGCCAGAGUUAUACAUACGCAGAACAUCACACCUCUUAAGCGAGAGCUUGAAUUCACUGAUCCGGGUCUUUUAAAAAAACGGAAAUUGGACAAUGAUCAUGUUGCAUCUGUGCCUGCUGAAAAACCAGAAGAGCCAGUUGACUUAGCCCUAGAUCCCAAGGGUCAUGAAGAUGACUCCUAUGAGGCUAGAAAAGUGUUCUUGACACAGUACUUCAGUAAAAGGCCAUAUCCUUCCAGGAGAGAAAUUGAAAAGCUUGCAGCAAGCUUGUGGUUGUGGAAAUCUGAUAUUGCUGCUCAUUUUAGUGCAAAAAGAAAGAAGUGUGUUCGAGACUGUGAGAGGUACAAGGCUAGAGUCCUUUUGGGGUUCAACAUGAGAGAAGUAAAUAAGUUAAAACAUGACCUGGAUUUUGACCCUGAAUGGUUUUUUGAAAGUAAAGAGGAUGACGAAAGCAGAACAUCCAAAACAAAUACUGCAAGAUCAGCUGACUCGAUUAGCAGGCGUUUGGAAGAAAGCUUGGCUUCUAGCCGUACAGAAGGAAACACUAGAGAGAGCAAAGGUAGGCCUGGAUGUUUUAAGCAGAACUUCAGACCCUCUGCAAAUGCACCAACACAGAAAAAAGCAGUUGCAGUGUCUAUUCAAUCAAGUCUGAGAAGAAACAGCACAGCAACUAAUACUACCCAAAGUAAAACUCUUUUAAAGGCUAAUCAAAAGCUUUUAAAGAAUGGAGAUGAGCAGUCUGAAACAGUAGAUGCAGGCUCAGGCAGUGCAUCAGAAGGUGAGGAUACCGAUGUAAAAUGUGUGAGGGAUGCAAAAGAAGAAUCAAAGGUAAAAGGCUCUGAAGAUGAAUCUGACCUGAAAGCUGCAGCAGUUUCAAAUGAGGAACAGCUUAAGAGGAAAGAUAACAAUGAGAUGGAGGAGGAGGUAGAGGAAUCUCCAACAGAAGAUCGUUCACAUCUGAAGGAUAAUUCUGCUUCUGAAGAAGAAACAUUGGAAGGAAAGGAUGGUUGUGAACUUGAAGAGGAAUCUGAAUUAAAAGAUGAAGCUCCUCAUUGUGAUAGUGGUCCUGGAUCACGGCAUACUUCUGAUAUAGAAGAGAGCACAGUGGAAGAAAACAAGAAUAAACCAUUGCACAAAGAUAGUUACCAAAGGAAGCAGGCACUCAGUUUGCAGGAAAAAUCAGUAUUUGACAUUAAGAAAGAGUUCCCAAAACAGGAACAUUCAAAUGAUUUGGAAAAAGGCUGGUCUAAACAGGUGCCAUCACUAUGGAAAAUUGCCUCACCAGAAAAUGAAGAGAGUUUAUCAAAUCCCCCAUUGGACUGGCAGAACAGCACAGCAGACAGUGAAGGGGAUGAUCGGGUAGACAGUACGCUGGAGCAAUCAAUAGACAGCAUGUCUGAGAACUCCUCUGAGGCUGUGCACAGCUUAAUACCUGGAGUUGGACUGAGCAGCCAACAGGCCUAGUCUGUGUUUCACAGAGAUGUACAACAUUGUAAAACUGCUUCAAAAUAAAAAAUCAAAUCCAGAAAAAUCUUAAUUUAUAAUAAACCGUCCUGGAUUUGAAGAGUUUUCAUGAAGUCUGAUAUAGCUGCUCCUACGUAUUCAUUUUGUAUUUACAGUGGCUGAAAUGUAUAAUAAAAAGUUUUAAAUACUGGUGUAGAAUUAUCAAGCAAAGUAACUUGAAGUGCAAGAGGAAGUUUGAUGGUACAUACAAAUAACUAAGGAGUUGAAUGCUGCCUUCAUUUACUUUACCGUGGAGAGUCUGUGUAUUUAGCUAUUUACUUACAGAAAGAUUAUCAUUUGCCUUCAUAGUUUAUGGCAAAGGUUUAAACAGCCAUUUAAAGAGUAAAUACUAGAUUUUGCAGAAAAUUUAAUGAAAUAAAGACCUUCAAUUUUUCAUAUAUUCAUUUCAAUAGUUACAAUGUAUAUUUGUACAGUCUUUUAGAACUAUCCUGAAGAAGCUUACUGCUUUGUGUAUUCAAGAAAUCUUUGCCUUUUGUUUUCUUUUUUCUUUGUUUUGUUUUUGUUCUUGUGCACAUGCUAUGUAUGAAAUUCUGCAUUUAACUCCUUCAUCAUAUAACUAGAAAGUGCUGUAGUGACUGUGGGGGUUUUGGAAAUUAGAACAUUUUGCUAAUUUUUGCAGGCCAGCUAAAUAAAUAGCGUCCUGUAGGCCUGUAUGAAAUCCAAGACUUUUAUUUUGCAUACUCAGAAUCAUGCCACUACUAUUGUGCUGAAACAACUUCCCAAAGGACUGUGGUUUUUUUUUUUUUUUUUUCCAUUUCUAUCUCCAGCUACACCAUUUUACUGAGUUUAAUAUUCCAUAGAUCUGUACUUUGUAGUAUGCUGUGUUGAUUGCAGCCGUCACAAAAAGCUGCUGCACUUUUGACUAGUUUUACUUUAAUAGAGAACACCUCUUGGUGGUGUAAACAUUAUAUCAUCUAAUAUAUGAUUCACUUGUACGUAUGUUAAUUUGUGCUCUUUAUUUACCUUUGUAUUUUUUCAUUUAAACAUUUCUGAACAAUAAAGUGCUGUACUGUGCUCUGCAGUGACCACUUUUUCUUGCA